AUGGACGCAUUCGACUUGUUUCGGAAGCUCGGAGCCGGAGCUAAAUUUGAUUUCAAAAGGUUUGGAAAAGAUGCCGAACGAUUUAAGGUAAUGGGGAUGUUUGUCCGAUGUUUCUCUAUUCGUGUUCAGCGAGUAUUAUUUGAAAGCUGCGAAGAGUUGACCGUAUAGCCGGUUAGUUAGUUAGCUAGCUAAUGGCUAGUUAGCUAGCUUGUGGAUGGUGUUUGGAUGCGCAUGUAUUUCUCGAACUUCUCGCUAGCUAGUUUAUAAUGAAUAUAUCUCAAGCUCAUUGUUCAGUUUAUUCUCAUAAAUGGAAGACCCAGAUGAAAUUAUCUAUACAAUGUAUUAUUUCCCUGCGGUCUAAAGCACCAAGGUAACGUUCGGCUAGCUAGCUAACAUUACUGUAAAGGUUUGUAGUGAGAUGUAUCGGGACAUAAAUCACAUUAGGAUUUAGCAGGUCUGAGGUAUUGAUAGUAGUUGUCUUCAUAGUGUACUCUUGACGUUAACAAUAGUUUUAUUUAUGGUACGUGUGUGUUCCAGGUGGUGAGGUCCCAAGAGAAAGAUGUAUCUGACCUCUAUGCGAUCGACUUCUUCGGAACCGGGGUAACCCACGGCAACCAGGAGAAGAGAGGAGCAGAGGAAGAAGAAGGAGAGGAAGAAGGAGAGGUAGAUGCUGUUGCAGGGAAAAGGAAACGAGAGGAUGAGGUGAAGACUGCAAAGAAGAAAAAUAAAGAUGGUCAGGCUGAAACUGAAGGUAGGAUCUGGCGGCGUGUGUGUUCUCUCUCUCUGUGUGUUCUACAGUGCAGUGAAAAAGUAAUUGAAAACCAUUUUUUUUGGUUAUUUGUAAACCCGGGUUCCCUUUAUCUAAUAUUAGGUUUUGGUUGAAGAUCUGGUAACAUAGUAUCAAAAAUAUGCACAAGUAGUGUCAUGUGGUCACAGCAUACUUGCGGGUAUUCACCCCCACUUGGCAUUUUUCCUAUUUUGUUGCUUUACAACCUGCAAUUAAACUGGAUUUUUGGGAUGUUUGUAUCAUUUGAUUUACACAACAUGCCUACCACUUUGAAGAUGCAAAAUAUUUGUUAUUGUGAAACAAACAAGAAAUAAGACAAAAAAACAGAACUUGAGCGUGCAUAACUAUUCACCCCCCCAAAGUCAAUACUUUAUAGAGCCACCUUUUGUAGCAAUUACAGCUGCAAGUCUCUUGGGGUAUGUCUCUAUAAGCUUGGCACAUCUAGCCACUGGGAUUUUUGCCCAUUCUUCAAGGCAAAACUGCUCCAGCUCCUUCAAGUUGGAUGGGUUCCGCUGGUGUACAGCAAUCUUUAAGUCAUACCACAGAUUCUCAAUUGGAUUGAGGUCUGGGCUUUGACUAGGCCAUUCCAAGACAUUUAAAAGUGUCCCCUUAAACCACUCGAGUGUUGCUUUAGCAGUAUGCUUAGGGUCAUUGUCCUGCUGGAAGGUGAACCUCCGUCCCAGUCUCAAAUCUCUGGAAGACUGAAACAGGUUUCCCUCAAGAAUUUCCCUGUAUUUAGCGCCAUCCAUCAUUCCUUCAAUUCUGCCCAGUUUCCCAGUCCCUGCCGAUGGAAAAACAUCCCCACAGCAUGAUGCUGCCACCACCAUGCUUCAUUGUGGGGAUGGUGUUCUCGGGGGAGAUGAGAGGUAUUGGGUUUGCGCCAGACAUAGCGUUUUCCUUGAUGGACAAAAAGCUCAAUUUUAGUCUAAUCUGACCAGAGUACCUUCUUCCAUAUGUUUGGGGAGUCUCCAACAUGCCUUUUGGCGAACACCAAACUUGUUUACUUAUUUUUUUCUUUAAGCAAUGGCUUUUUUCUGCCCACUCUUCCGUAAAGCCCAACUCUGUGGAGUGUACGGCUUAAAGUGGUCCUAUGGACAGAUACUCCAAUCUCCGCUGUGAAGCUUUGCAGCUCCUUCAGGGUUAUUUUUUGUCUCUUUGUUGCCUCUGAUUAAUGCCCUCCUUGCCUGGUCUGUGAGUUUUGGUGGGUGGCCCUCUCUUGGCAGGUUUGUUGUGGUGCCAUAUUCUUUCCAUUUUCUGAUAAUGGAUUUAAUGGUGGUCCGUGGGAUGUUCAAAGUUUCUGAUAUUUUUUUAUAACCCAUCCCUGAUCUGUACUUCUCCACAACUUUGUCCCUGACCUGUUUGGAGAGCUCCUUGGUCUUCAUGGUGUCGCUUGCUUGGUGGUGCCCCUUGCUUAGUGGUGUUGCAGACUCUGGGGCCUUUCAGAACAGGUGUAUAUUAUGUGACAGAUCAUGUGACACUUAGAUUGCACACAGGUGGACUUUAUUUAACUAAUUAUGUGACUUCUGAAGGUAAUUGGUUGCACCAGAUUUUAUUUAGGGGCUUCAUAGCAAAGGGGGUGAAUACAUAUGCACUCACCACUUUUCCGUUAUUUUUUUGUAAACAUUUUUUCAUUUCACUUCACCAAUUUAGACUAUUUUGUGUAUGUCCAUUACAUGCAACAAAAUAGCAAAAACGCCAAGGGGGAUGAAUACUUUUGCAAGGCACUGUAUAUAUGUGUUCUGUGUGUCUAUUGUGUCAUGUGGUCUCCAACUGUAGCAGCUUAUAUGUAUUUUAAAUGAUCAUUCAGCGUUCUGAUGGUCCCUGUCGUUUGUUGUAGUGGUGUGUGGUGGCCAGCAGGGGGAGACCGAGGGCAUCCUGUGGACUUCCUCUGCAGACAGGAAGUCUAAAGGUUUGAAGGUGGGGAGGGACGGAGACAAGACAUCAAUGAAGAGACUCCAACACCUCCACCAAGAGAAGGUACACACAGACACACACACACACAGACACACACACACACAGACACACACACAGACACACACACACACAGACACACACACACACACAGAGACACACACACACACACAGACACACACACACACACACAGACACAGAGACACACACACACAGACACACAGACACAGACACACACACACACACACACACACACACACAGACACACACACAGACACACAGCUCUUCUCUCUGUCCAUCUGUUGGAUCUCAUCUCUCUGUGUGUGUUGUCAGGUGAACCGUGUCCGUGCGCAGCAUCGUAUCAACGUGCACGGCUGUGACGUGCCCGACCCAGUGUGCACGUUUUCCGAGCUGCAGUCCGAGUACGACCUGAACCCACGCGUCCUCCAGAACCUGUCCGCAGCUGGACUCACCACUCCCACGCCCAUUCAGAUGCAGGCUAUACCCCUGAUGAUGCAUGUGAGUACGCAGAGAGGGAUGACUAUGAAUAUGUGUAUAUAUAUAUAUAUAUAUAUAUGGAAUGGAAAAAAACUAAAUCAUUAUCUUUGUAUGUAUCUAUCUGUCCCUGUCUCUCUCUCUCUGUCUCUGUCUCUCUCCCAGGGUCGUGAGUUGUUGGCGUGCGCUCCGACAGGUUCGGGGAAGACUCUAGCGUUCUGUCUCCCUCUCCUGACACACCUGAAACAGCCUGCUAACCUCGGCUUCAGAGCUCUAGUCAUCUCACCCACCAGGGAACUGGCCAGCCAGGUAAACACACCUGGCCCAGGCCUCGACUGGCCAGCCAGGUAAACACACAUGGCCCAGGCCUCGACUGGCCAGCCAGGUAAACACACAUGGCCCAGGCCUCGACUGGCCAGCCAGGUAAACACACAUAUAAAACCGCACAUGGGCCAGGCCUCGAAUUUCCCGGCGGCGUCGACGGCCAUGCCCCCCUUGUGUGGCCGUAAUGCCCCCUAAACAAAUCCAAAGUGGCCGUUGUGCCCUUGGGCUGAGUGUACAGUGCAUUCGGAAAGUAUUCAGACCCCUUGACUUUUUCAACAUUUUGUUACGUUACAGCCUUAUUCUAAAAUGGAUUAGUCUCAUAGCAAAGUUUUUUUGUGGUUUUGUAAUGAAUUUGCCAACAUUUCUAAAAACCUGUUUUCGCUUUGUCAUUAUGGGUUAUUGUGUGUAGAUUGAUGAGGAAAAUGUUUUAUUUAAUCCAUUUUAAAAUAAGGUUGUAACGUAACAAAAUGUGGAAAAAGUCAAGGGGUCCGAAUGCAUAUAAUGUAUAUAUCGUUGAAAUUGUUGUUUAUUCUCUCUCAUAUAUAUAUAUAUAUAUAUAUAUACACUACCGUUCAAAAGUUUGGGGUCACUUAGAAAUAUCCUUGUUUUCGGAAGAAAAGCAAUUUUUUUAUCCAUUAAAAUAACGUAAAAUUGAUCAGAAAUACAGUGUAGACAUUGUUAAUGUUGUAAAUGGCUAUUGUAGCUGGAAACGGCUGAUUUUUAAUGGAAUAUCUACAUAGGCGUACAGAGGCCCAUUAUCAGCAACCAUCAGUCCUGUGUUCCAAUGGCACGUUGUGUUUGCUAAUCCAAGUUUAUCAUUUUAAAAGGCUAAUUGAUCAUUAGAAAACCCUUUUGCAAUUAUGUUAGCACAGCUGAAAACUGUUGUGCUGAUUAAAGAAGCAAUAAAACUGGCCUUCUUGAGACUAGUUGAGUAUCUGGAGCAUCAGCAAUUGUGGGUUUGAUUACAGGCUCAAAAUGGCCAGAAACAAAGAACUUUCUUCUGAAACUCGUCAGUCUAUUCUUGUUCUGAGAAAUGAAGGCUAUUCCAUGCGAGAAAUUGCCAAGAAACUGAAGAUCUCGUACAACGCUGUGUACUACUCCCUUCACAGAACAGCGCAAACUGUCUCUAACCAGAAUAGAAAGAGGAGUGGGAGGCCCCGGUGCAAAACUGAGCAAGAGGACAAAUACAUUAGAGUGUCUAGUUUGAGAAACAGACGCCUCACAGGUCCCAAACUGGCAGCUUCAUUAAAUAGUACCCGCAAAACACCAGUCUCAACGUCAACAGUGAAGAGGCGACUCCGGGAUGCUGACCUUCUAGGCAGAGUUGCAAAGAAAAAGCCAUAUCUCAGACUGGCCAAUAGAAAUUAAAUAUUUAGAUGGGAAAAAGAACACAGACACUGGACAGAGGAAGAUUGGAGAAAAGUGUUAUGGACAGACAAAUCGAAGUUUGAGGUGUUCGGAUCACAAAGAAGAACAUUUGUGAGACGCAGACCAAAUGAAAAGAUGCUGGAGGAGUGCUUGAUGCUUUAACUACCUAUAUGUACAUAUCUACCUCAAUUACCUGGUACUCCCUGUAUAUAACCAAGUUAUUACCUGGUACCCCUGCACAUGGACUCAGUACUGGUACCAAGUUGUCGUAACUCCUAGUGUUAUUAUUUGUAUAUUAUUUCUCUCUGUAUUGGUGGGAGGGGCCUGUAGGUCAGCAUUUCACUGUUUAGUCUACACCUGGUGGGAAGGGCCUGUAGGUCAGCAUUUCACUGGUAGUCUACACCUGGUGGGAAGGGCCUGUAGGUCAGCAUUUCACUGGUAGUCUACACCUGUUGGGAAGGGCCUGUAGGUCAGCAUUUCACUGGUAGUCUACACCUGGUGGGAAGGGCCUGUAGGUCAGCAUUUCACUGGUAGUCUACACCUGGUGGGAAGGGCCUGUAGGUCAGCAUUUCACUGUUUAGUCUACACCUGUUGUUGUUUUACCGAUGUAUUGUUGUGCUUUGAUGUUUUAUUAUGUAACGUUACUGUUGCGUGUGUUGUGUAGACCCACAGGGAGUUGGUGCGUCUGUCGGAGGGCGUCGGGUUCAGAGUUCACAUACUAGACAAGGCAUCCAUGGCAGCCAAGAAGUACGGUCCCAGCUCUAACAAGAAAUACGGUACGGUCCCAGCUCUAACAAGAAAUACGGUACAAAGGCAAUAUUCAAAUGAUCUGUAAAUGGGACCGAGACCAGCACAACAUCCCUCACUCCAUAAUAUUGUAUUUUUAUUUUUGUCCUACUCCACUUGUUUCUCUCUCUCCCCCUCCCUCUCUCUUGCUCCUCUCUCUCUCUCUCGCUCCUCUCUCUCUCUCUCGCUCCUCUCUCUCGCUCCCCCCUCUCUCUCUCUCUCUCUCUCUCGCUCCUCCCUCUCUCUCUGUCUCGCUCCCCCCUCUCUCUCUGUCUCGCUCCCCCCUCUCUCUCUCUCUCGCUCCCCCCUCUCUCUCUCUCUCUCUCUCUCUCCUAGAUAUUCUGGUCAGUACCCCUAAUAGACUGGUGUUCCUCCUGAAGCAGGAUGCUCUAGACCUCAGCAGGUCAGCUCGCUCUGUGUGUGUGUUGGGUCUGAUAUGUUUGUUCAGGGCUGUUAAUAGGGGGUGUGUUAAUACUGUGUGUGUGUGUGGACGUGUUUAACUAUACUUGUGGGGACCAGAAGUCCCCACAAGAAUAGUAAACGGAACAAAAAUUUGACCAACUGGGGACAUUUUGUUAGUCCCCACAAGGUCAAAUGCUAUUUCUAGGGGGUUUAGGGUUAAGGUUAGUUUUAGGGUUAGGGAAAAUAGGAUUUUGAAUGGGACAGAAUUGCAGGUCCCCACAAGGUUAGUUAGGGCUGGGUGAUAUAAAUAUAAUAUCACACUAUUUUAACAUUUUUGACGGUAUUUUAUGUUUUGAAUAAUAAAAGUUGUAAAUGUGCUUUAUGAGUAGAGCUUGACCCCAGGGUGGCAACACAUACAUUCUAACUGAGUUCCAAAAAUGGGUCUUUCUCCAUUCCGAUGGUUUUAUAUUGUUCAAUUCAACCAAAUGUAUUUUCAUAAAUUUCUGCAUUUCCUGCAAUCAUUUGAGAUAAUUUCCCCACUGCCACGUAGCACCGGCUGCACAAUAUGGACGAACAAACCAGGCCUUAUUUUUAACCAAAUGUUGCAGUUGCGAUUUGACUUGCGAUUCAGAGCAAAACACUUGGGUGAACUGUUGGAAUAAAGGAAAUAUAAUGAUUAUUCUAAAUCUAUAGUUUGAAUAUAAUAGUGGGCACUUUGAAUACAGUGUUGACAUGACAACGAAUGAAAACGCCAGGAGGAGUUAUCGUGACAGGGUAGGAACCAAAGUGAUGGUCAGUGUUUCCUAGGGGACCCUAUAUUCUUUGGUUACAUUAAAUGUUUCUUCAUGUAGCUAAAAUAUUCAUGCUUCACGUAUUCAUCUUUGGUUUAUAAGAAACUGUUGCACAAACAUGCUGUAUUAGCUAGCUACGUUUACUCUGACUCAAUACAUUUAUUAGCUAGCUCGCUAGCAUUAGCGGCUAACACGGUUUAGCUUAAACUUGCUAAGAAAAGACACACUAGCAGUUUGCAGAUGUAAGAACCACAAACUAAUAGUGUAAUUAUAGAACGCUAGUGGAUUUAUAUUAAGAAACAACAUUGUCAUUAACAGUGUUGCAUGUGCUGUGUAGAGCCCCACAGUCGCGGUGUCAUAAUACCCAUAAAACCUAGCGGUCAAACAGGGAAAUGGUUCCAUUUCAUUUUUCCCAUGAGGGAUUUUAAGAAACACUUAAAAUAAGGGCUGUGUUUCGUGUAGGCUUACCCUGGCGUGACGUUUUGAUAACCAUGUAAAUCUCUCUAUGACAAGGUGACUUUUAUCAAUAUAUUCGACUCUAUUUACUCUGAUUCAAAAAUGCUAAUUAGCAUCAAAGUAGACAUCACGCAAAACUACAAAUCCCUGCAAGCUCCUGCACGUCAUCUCUAGCUGACACCUUUGCUAACAGGGAUUGUGUCAAUUUUAAAACCUGCACAAGACUGUUUACAGAAUUGUCCAUUUAAAGAAAUGUAGCCAAUUUAUUCAUUACUACAUUUAGUUAACAUUAGCUAGUUAAUCCAGAGAUUCUUACCUUUGCCUCGAUUCAGCAGUCUCGUCCAGAUCAUCAUUGCAUUUGUAGUUCUUUAUGAUAGCCACAUUAGCAGCUAAUUAGCAUUUAUUUUUUGGUGGGUAAAUACAGGCGAAUAUAUUGAUAAGUCACCUUGUCCUAGAGAAAUGUACACGGUUAUCAAAACGUCACACCAGGGUAAGCCUACAUGAAACACAGCCCUUAUUGUAAGUGUUUCUAAAAUCACCUAUGGGAAAAAUGAAAUGGUGGAGAAAAAAAUGGAACCAUUUCCCUGUUUUGACCGCUAGGUUUUAUGGGUAUUAUGACUCAUACUGUGGUACUCUAUUGACCAUGCAGACUGAACGCAAGUGUCUCUGGUCAAGCAACAACAAAUGCGCUCCUUGAGUGACAGGGGGCGGGGCUAUGUCUGUGGAAAGCGGCAUGGAGAGACUAUAGAAAUGGACGUUACACACGGUGUAUCACAUUUAACAAACCAAACAUUCAAAUACCGUUACAGAAGGUACAGUAAAAACCCAAACCGGUCCGUGUUUCAAUACCGGUACAUAGUAACAUAUGGAAGACCGCCCAGCCUCGCUACAGCCAAUCAGACACAUUAUUACAGCCUGCUACGGCCAAUCAGCCACAUUAUUACAGCCUGCUACGGCCAAUCAGCCACAUUAUUACAGCCUGCUACAGCCAAUCAGCCACAUUAUUACAGCCUUCUAUAUCACCCAGCCUUAAGGUUAGUUAUACAAGACUGUGUGUUGUUACUGUGUUGUGUUGGAUCUGAUAUGUUGGUUGAGGCCUGUCGUAGCAGGUGUUGUGUGUUAAUACGGUCUGUGUGUGUGUGUGUGUGUGUGUGUGUGUGUGUGUGUGUGUGUGUGUGUGUUGUGUCUGUGUCUGUGUGUCUGUGUCUGUGUCUGUGUCUGUGUCUGUGUCUGUGUCUGUGUCUGUGUCUGUGUCUGUGUCUGUGUCUGUGUCUGUGUCUGUGUGUCUGUGUGUGUCUGUGUGUGUGUGUGUGUGUGUGUGUGUGUGUGUGUGUCUGCGCGCGCAGUGUGGAAUGGUUGGUGGUGGAUGAGAGCGAUAAGCUCUUUGAGGAUGGCCGUAGUGGUUUCCGAGACCAGCUGGCGGCGGUAUUCCAGGCUUGCUCCUCCCCCCGGGUGAGACGUGCGUUCUACAGCGCUACCUGUGCACCAGACGUGGAACAGUGGUGUCGCCUCAACCUCGACAACCUGGUCUCUGUCAACAUUGGACACAGGUACUCUACUACCCACAGUCCCCUGUUCUACUAUACUAACCCACAGUCCCCUGUUCUACUACACUACCAUAACCACCCUCUAUAACUAAACUACCCAUAACCGCCCUCUCUAGUACACUCCCCAUAACCCGCCCCGUCUAGUACACUACACUACCCAUAACGCCCUCUCUAUACACUACCCAUAAACCAACACCUCUCUAUUACACUAAACUAACCCAUAACCGCCCUCCUCUAUUACACAUACCUACCCAUACUCCCCCACCCUCUUCUAUUACACUACACUACCCCUAACCAAACCGCCCUCUUCUAUACACUACACUACCCAUAACCACCCUCUCUAUUACACUAACACUACCCAUACCCUAACCACCUAACUCCCUCUCUAUUACACUGACACUACCCAUACCACCCUCUCUAUUACACUACCCAUAACCGCCCUCUCUAUUACACUACACUACCCAUAACCACCCUCUCUAUUACACUACCCAUAACCGCCCUCUCUAUACACUACACUACCCAUAACCACCCUCUCUAUUACACUACACUACCCAUAACCACCCUCUUUAUUACACUACACUACCCAUAACCGCCCUCUCUAUUACUCUACCCAUAACCGCCCUCUCUGUUACACUACACUACCCAUAACCGCCCUCUCUAUUACACUACACUACCCAUAACCACCCUCUCUAUUACACACACUACCCAUAACCACCCUCUCUGUUACACUACACUACCCAUAACCACCCUCUCUAUACACUACACUACCCAUACACCGCCCUCUACUACUUACACUACCCAUAACCGCCCUCUCUACUACACUACACUCCCCAUACCCGCCCUCUCUAUUACACUACACUACCCAUAACCACCCUCUCUACUACACUACACUACCCAUAACCGCCCUCUCUAUUACACUACACUACCCAUAACCACCCUCUCUAUUACACUACACUACCCAUAACCGCCCUCUCUAUUACACUACACUACCCAUAACCGCCCCUCUCUAUCUUAACACACACUACCCCAUAACCCCCUCUCUAUUACACUCCCCAUAACCACCCUCUCUGUUACACUACACUACCCAUAACCGCCCUCUCUAUUACACUACACUACCCAUAACCGCCCUCUCUAUUACACUACCCCAUAACCACCCUCUCUGUUACACUACACUACCCAUAACCGCCCUCUCUAUCUACACUACACUACCCAUAACCGCCCUCUCUAUUACACUACACUACCCAUAACCGCCCUCUCUAUUACACUACACUACCAUAACCACCCUCUCUAUUACACUACACUACCCAUAACCACCCUCUCUAUUACACUACACUACCCAUAACCGCCCUCUCUAUUACACUACACUACCCAUAACCACCCUCUCUAUUACACUACACUACCCAUAACCACCCUCUCUAUACACUACACUACCCAUAACCACCCUCUCUAUUACACUACACUACCCAUAACCGACCCUCUGUAACUACACUACCCAUAACCACCCUCUCUUUACAACUACCCAUAACCCCCUCUCAUUACCUACACACCCUACCAACUCUCUCGAUUACACUACAACUACCAUAACCACCCUCUCUAUUACACUACACUACCCAUAACCACCCUCUCUAUUACACUACACUACCCAUAACCCCCUCUCUAUUACACUACACUACCCAUAACCGCCCUCUCUAUUACACUACACUACCCAUAACCACCCUCUCUAUUACACUACCCAUAACCACCCUCUCUAUUACACUACACUACCAUAACCACCUCUCUUUACACUACACUACCCAUAACCGCCCUCAUCUAUUACACUACCCAUAACCCCCUCUAUUACACUACACAUACCCAUAACCGCCCUCUCUAUUACACUACACUACCCAUAACCGCCCUCUUAUACUACACUACCCUAACCACCCUCCUUUACAUACCCAUAACCCCCUCUCUUUACCACUACACUACCCAUAACCGCCCUCUCUAUUACACUACACUACCCAUAACCGCCCUCUCUAUUCACUACCCAUAACCACUCUACUACUCUUACCCAACCACCCUCUGUUACACUACACCAUAACCACCCCUCUCUGUUACACCUACACUACCCAUCAACCGCCCUCUCUUUACACUAACACUACCCAUAACCGCCCUCUUAUACACUACAUACCCAUCACCGCCCUCCUCUAUUACACUACACUACCAUAACCACCCUCCUCUAGUUACACACACUACCCAUAACCACCCUCUCUAUUACACUACACUACCCAUAACCCCCUCUCUAUUACAUACACUACCCUAACCACCCUCUCUAUUACACUAACCCAUAAACCACCCUCUCUAUUACACUACACUACCCAUAACCACCCUCUCUAUUACACUACACUACCCAUAACACCCUCUAUACUCUACCUACCACCCCUCAUACACUACCCAUAACCACCCUCUCUAUUACACUACACUACCCAUAACCACCCUCUCUAUUCACUCACUACCCAUAACCGCCCUCUCUAUUACACUACCCAUAACCACCCUCUCUAUUACACUACCCAUAACCACCCUCUCUAUUACACUACACUACCCAUAACCACCCUCUCUAUUACACUACCCAUAACCGCCCUCUCUAUUACACUACACUACCCAUAACCACCCUCUCUAUUACACUACACCCAUAACCACCCUCUCUAUUACACUACACUACCCAUAACCACCCUCUCUAUUACACUACCACCAACCGCCUCUCUAUUACACACACUACCCAUAACCGCCCCUCUAUUAACACUACACCAUAACCACCCUCUCUAUUAACACAACACUACCCCAUAAAACAACACUCUCGUUACACUACAACUACCCAUAACCGCCCUACUCUAUUACAUACCCAUAACCCCCUCUAAACACCCGACCACCUCUCUAUUACAUACACUACCCAUAACCACCCGACUAUACACGAACACUACCCAUAACCACCCUCUCUAUUAACACCUAACACACCUAACUACAAACCACCCUCUCUAUUAACACACUACCCAUAACCACCCUCUUAUUGACACACACACCCAUAACCCACCCUCUCGAUAUACACUACACUACCCAUAAACCACCCUCUCUAUUACACUACAACUAACCCCCUCUAUACAACAACAACCACCCUCUCUAUUCACUAACUACCCAUAACCACCCUCUCUAUUACACUAACACUACCACAUAAACCACCCUCUCUAUACACUAACCCAUAACCAACCCUCAUACUACCUACAAUAACACCCUCUUUACACUACCCUAACCCCAAACCACCCCUCUCUAUUACACUACCCCAUAACCCCCUCUCUAUUACACUAACACUACCAUAACCACCCUCUCUAUUACACUACACACCCAUAACCACCCUUCUAUUACACACUACCCAUAACCACCCCUCUAUUACACUACACUACCCAUAACCGCCCUCUCUAUUACACUACCCAUAACCCCCUCUCUAUUACUACCUACCCAUAACCCCUCUCUUUAACUACACUACCCAUAACCAGCCUCUCUAUUACCACUACCCAUAACCGCCCUCUCUAUUACACUACACUACCCAUACCCCCUAUCUAUUACACACACUACCCAUAAACCGCCCUCUCAUUACACUACAACCCAUAACCGCCCUCUCUAUUACACUACUACCAUAACCGCCCUCUCUAUACACUACCUAACCCAACCACCCUCUCUGAUUACCUACUACCAUAACCACCUCUGAUUACAUAACACCUAACCGCCCUCUCUAUUACACUACCAUACCCAUAACCGCCCUCUCUAUUACACUCACCCAUAACCACCCUCUCUAGUACUACACUACCCAUAACCGCCCUCUCUAUUCAUACACUACCAUAACCGCCCCUCUCUAACUACACUACCCAUAAACCGCCCUCUCUAUUACACUACCCAUAACCACCCCUCUUUACUACUACGUAACCUACCCAUACACCCCUCUCUGUCAACUUUCACUACCAAACGUAACCGCCCUCUCUAUUACACUACACUACCCUAACCGCCUCUCUAUUUACACUACCCAAACCACCUCCUAUAAUACUCUACAAACCACCCUUCUCUAUUCGACUAUCACUCCAGAACCGCCCUCCUUCACCCUACCCUAUGACCCGGACCCUCUCAUUAUACCCCAAUGACGCUAAGUCUGCCCUUCGGUUCGAACUCUGCAUGAACGCCUUUACGGGCCGUAGUUGAGCUCCCCAACCGGAGAGCGGGGGCCAAUCCCCAUGGGUCCACCCCUUCCCCCGCCUGUUUUGUCCUGUCUGGAUUCCCCCUCUCAUUAUUACCCUCUAAUGACUGGUUCAAAUGGUGUGUGUGUGUGUGUGUUCGUGUUCUCAGGAACUCUGCAGUUGAGACGGUAGAACAGGAGCUGCUGUUUGUUGGAACAGAGAACGGGAAGUUAUUGGCCGUGAGGGACAUAAUCAAGAAG